AUGCUUGUGCAUGUUUUCUAUGAAAACAUGGGGAAGAAGUUAGAGCCUAAGAUUAAAAAGUGCGAGCAGUCUGAGAACUGGACCAGAGUUACCUUCAAGCCUGUUCUUGCCAAGUACAACAUGACCGAGCUCGACAAUGAUGUCGUAGCACUCAUGAGGAAGAGAGUAGUCGAUAUGGCAGGCACCCUUGGCAAAACCGUGAAGGUUGAGUUGAAUGGUCAGAAGGUAGUAGCAAAAAGCUUCUCCGAGUACGUGCAACUCUAUACUUACUCUGCUUCCAAAGUACCCGCACUCCCCCGGGAGACUUACGUCGUCCGACUACGACAUUUCCUAUGGAUAAGAGGUGGAACUCAUGUUGACUACCUUGCAGACCAAAUCGCCAACUAUUUGACGGGCAUUGUGAACAGGACAAACAAGUGCGCUAACAUGAAACUGGAUACUGCGAAGGGCUACCUAUGGGUAUUUAUUAAUGCUCUCAUUGAAGACCCUGCCUUUGAUUCACCAACCAAAGAGACCUUGAUCACUCCUCAGAGAAGCUUUGGGUCCAAGUGUGAGCUCUGCGAAUAUUUCCUUGGGAGGGUCGCUAGCGUUGGUGUUGUCGGCAAACUCCUUUCUUUGGCCGAGUACAAACUAAGCAAGGAAGCCAAUCUGGAUCCUCUCCCACAUUCAUCUACUCCUAUGCAACAUAUGCAGGCCCCACCAAGACCCACCCAAAUAUUUUCAGAGAUACAUGGAGUACAUCAUAGAGAAACCAAGAAACGUGACCAUGAUGAUGUGUUCCUUGAGAGAUACCUAAAACUGAAGCGGGAAGAAAUUGAUCGGUUUGCUGCAAUUGAGGAGAGGAAGCUGGAGGAUCCAUGCAACAUUACCAAGUGUAUCACAACAAUCGAAAAGUUACAAGGUCUGCAAGUAGGUGAUAUUUUAGUGGCAGCAGAUAUCUUCAAAAGUAAGAAGAAUAGGGAAGCUGUGAAGAUGGAGUGGAACACCGCUGGUCAACGGGUCCAUGUCGUUGUUGGCACGAAGGAUGCCGAGGACACCAUCUCGAUGAACCGCUGUGUCAAGAGGGCGGUUGUGCCGGGCAAGAUCGCUGAGAUGAGCAAGCCUGGGGAGAUGGUGGUGGCGAGUGGCUGGAACUACUCCUGCAACAAGUACAAGAUCAUCCCCGGCGACCUACUCAUCCUCAAGAUGUUGGGUCUCGGCUUCAAUGUGGAGAUCUACACCAUCGGCACCUCCAUCAUUUGUCGGCUCAGGUGCACCAAUCGCACUACUACCAAGGUGACCUGA